UCUAGUUGGAUGAUCAGAUGGCUAGGAAGGGGUCAAGUGUUUAUAUAAAGGGCUAAGAGAGUUCAGGUGGAAGGUAGCUGCAGGAAGGAGAUGGGCUCCAAGCAGGGGAAUUGAAAGGAAGAAACACCUUCUAUUUGACACUGAGAGCGGCAAGAGGAAAAGCCCCUGGGAGCUGUGGCAGGCUGAACAGCUUUGUUUUAGUGUUUUGCCUAAGUUUUGUGUUUGAAGACUAAAAGGCUGGCCCACAGGAAGAUUCUAGGAAUGAGGGGAGAAUCGUAUUUCCUUGGAAUGCGAGGUCCUGGUCACUAUGGCUGUAUUCUGGAUGAUGGGGGACUUUUCCUGCUCUACUCUAUAGACGGAGACAAGAAUAUAAAGAGAUGUUUUGCAGAGGAAGAUUUUCAUGAAAUAACUGAUUUCAAUGAUCUCCCAAACUCUCUCUUCGCUUGUAACGUCCACCAAUCAGUGUUUGAAGGCGAGGACAGUAAGGAGAAGUUUGAGGGCUUGUUCCGUGCCUAUGAUGACUGUGUGACAUUCCAGUUAUUUAAAAGCUUCAGACGUGUGCGGAUAAAUUUCAGCAGUCCUAAAUCAGCUGCUCGGGCCAGGAUAGAGCUGCAUGAAACACAGUUCAGAGGGAAGAAGUUAAAACUAUACUUCGCACAGGUUCAGACCUCUGAGACAGAUGGGGACAAGCUUCAUUUGGCUCCACCACAGCCUGCAAAACAGUUUCUCAUCUCGCCUCCAGCCUCCCCUCCUGUAGGGUGGCAGCCAAUAGAUGAUGCAACACCCGUCAUCAACUACGACCUCCUUUAUGCAGUUUCUAAACUAGGACCAGGGGAGAAGUACGAGCUGCAUGCAGGGACAGAGUCCACCCCGAGCGUGGUAGUGCAUGUCUGCGACAGCGACACAGAGGAAGAAGAGGACCCAAAGAAUUCUCCAAAGCCAAAAAUUAUUCAAACCCGGCGCCCUGGCCUGCCUCCUCCCGUGUCUAACUGAGCCUCUCCAGCCGGAGUAGCACUUCUCUCCUCCAGCAUGGCUCUUUGUUUUUCUGUUUGCUAUGUUUUGUUGAAGGGCAGCCAUUGCCUGUUGGGUAAUGGGACAUCUAGCUCAUUGAAAUCCCUUCUCUGUACUCAAGCCUGUCUAACACAAGGGCUAGGAAAACGUUCUUUGUACAUGUAACCAUAUCACUUGCCAUCGAGUGUAAUAGAUCUUGUGAAAGGGGCUAGAAUAGGCUGGGAAGAGGGGCGGGGUUCAGUCUGAGGUUUUUUCAUAGCAUUGCACAUUGUAAUGGUAGCAAAACCAGAAGCAUUGCGUAGUAAACUAGCGAUGGGCAAAUAGGCUGAUGGUGGGAUUAACGUUCAGACGAGCAGAACAUCAUUCUCUGCUCCCCUUCCCACAGGAUCCCACUCCCCACCCUCCACUGCACCUGUGUGUCCCUCUUGUCCCUUAUUCUUGUCCCUUAUCCCCUGGUGUCAUCUUGUGAGGUAGCUGCUCGGUGGCCUUUAACCCCUUUGCCUCCACUUACUGAGCAUUUAUCGGGGGGGGGAGGGGGCAACCCAGUGGCCUUUCACUCCCUCUGGCAAUGUCAUCAGGGGACAACACGUUCUCUGCAUGUUUGUUACAGCCAGGGGACUGAAACACUCCUGUCACCUGACUGCUGCUGAAUACACUGGCCCUUUAAAUCUGGGGCUGACACAUCCUAGAGUGCAUUGGGCUGAAGGGGGAGGCAAGAUUUUGUGAAGGAGGAGGUGUCCUUCAUUCCUUGGCCCUCCAAUGAGAGGGAGCUAAGUUGCUAGCUGUGGGGGAAAUCCUCACAUUCCCUCCCAGCAGGAGGGCAAGGGUGUUACUUCUCUUUUCCUGUACCCCUGAGGUUAGGGUGGAGAAGCUAACUUCCCAUUACACUGGGAUUUAUUGCUGUCUCAUGGUAGCAGCAAACGGCAGUGAUGGGCAGAAGUUUCCAGUGGUAUGCUGGAUAGCCCUGAAACUCCAGCUAUUUGCAAAUAUUUGCCCAUCCCUAAUAAUCAGCACUCCCCCUCCCCCUUUGCUUGAUGUGUUUUAAGGUCCAUAUUUAGUUGUAUGCAGUGUUCUCCCGCCCCCAGGCCAAAUAAAACAGGACCACACUUAAACUUGAACUUAGACUGCAUGGAAUUUACUCUCCUGUCUCACUCACUCCUACAUAUCCCUGUCACUCAUAAAAUGCGCAGGAUUACUGACAUUUUUGUGCUUUCAGUGUGGCUGGUGGUAGAGAGUACUUAGAUAUUUGGAUUUUCUACCUGGGCAGAUCAUCUCUGUUAAUUAUUCUCAUGCACGCUCACCAUUUCGAGAAAGUGCUUUCUAGAGAUUUAAGCCUCGCUCUUACAAAGGCAUGUGAGCUUAACUUGACACAUGUGAGUAGUUCCAUUGAAAUGAAUGUUAUGAAACUUAAGCGUAUGCAUAUGGCUUUGCAGGAUUGGGGCAUAAGCAAAUGAGUUGCAGUUCUACCCC